AUGACGCCGUCGCAGCGACCCUCGCGGUCUUCGUCCAAUUCCAAUUCCGAUACCAGGAGUGAUAUUCAAAGGCACGGAUCGUGGUCAACGAAGACAGCUGGUGAUAUCGUAGCCAAGAGGCGUGCGAUGUCUGGCAACCGUUCAGCUGGCACGCACGAUGCAGCCCUGCUUGACGAUUACAUGUCCUCUGCCGAACUUCACUUUAUGAUAUCAUCCCAAGAACAGAAUGAUAUUAUCACAACGACGUCGCAGGCUCCAGCAGCGUCUGUACAUCCGGAACAGCUAGCAGACUUGAACAGCCUAAUCGAUCCUCUCAUUACUUCCGCCACGGGCUUCCUAAGACCAAGCGCUCAGUAUGCUAAUUCCUGGGUUAUGGACUCCCUCUUUGGGGGUAAUAAUACCAACAACACCGACGUGACCAUGUUUGAGGCACCGCAAAUAAUGCCGACCAAUUCAAACACAGAAAAAUCGUCACCAAGUGGCGGCGAAUGCAACUGCUACGAGGGCAUCACAGAGAUACUAGUGUCAAUAAUCUGCGGCGACGAGGACCACCGACAACUAUCGCUCGACGCGCAGCUCGCUAGGUUGAAGCGAUGUAUGGUGGCAUGCGAAUCUUCGAUGGGAUGCACGCAUAGUCGUGAGGCUGCGGAGCCUGUACAUGUAAUGACUAUCGCCACACUGAUUGGCUAUGUCAUUGACGAGUUUGAGAUGCUCGCCCGCGAGAACUCGCAACGCACAACGUUGGCGGGGGAAAUAACGGUUUUUGGACACACAGAGAGAGAAAGUAAUGAUUCUUCAUGCUCGGACGAGUUUACAUCUGCUAAAAGUGUCGUCACUGCCGCUGGUACGUCCCUGCGGAGCUUGCUAGAACCUCGGCUCUCAUGGGGAGUGCUCGAGCUAGAGGAUGACGAUGAGCUUGAUCUCCGCCGACGCUUGUACCUGCUAUCGUUUCGCAAGCCCUGUGCACAAAUGGCUAAUGACAUACCCAUCGCGGUUAUAGGGCUGGCGUGCCGUUUUCCUGGCGACGCCAGUAGCCCAUCAAAGUUCUGGGAUUUGUUGAAGGAAGGCCUAAAUGCCUACUCUCCAAUGUCAAGCAGAUGGAACUCGGACGCUUUCUACCACCCCAACAAAUCUCGCAUCAAUGUCCUCCCUACUAAGGGUGGGCAUUUCCUUUCAGAAGACCCGUACCUGUAUGAUGCUGCUUUCUUUAAUAUUACAGCUGCAGAGGCCAUUGCCUUGGACCCCAAACAGCGGAUCGCUAUGGAGGUUACAUAUGAGGCACUUGAAAACGCCAAUAUUAGCCUCCAGGACGUCUGGGGUACCCAAACGACCUGUUAUAUUGGGUCCACAGUGAGCGAUUACAGAGAUGCCCUGAUUCGUGAUUUUAUGCAGACGCCUAAGUACCACCUUCUCGGCACUGGUGAGGAGAUGAUUUCGAAUCGAAUCUCACACUUCCUCAACAUCCACGGUCCAAGCGCCACGAUGACGACUGCGUGCUCGUCGAGCCUUGUAGCCACUCACAUGUCCGUUCAAAGCAUCAAAUCGGGUGAAUCGGACAUGGCUAUCACUGGCGGCGUUGGACUCAUGCUCACUCCUGAUUAUACCACACAUCUGGCGAAUCUGUCAUUUCUCAAUCCGGCUGGACAGUCCAGAGCUUUUGACGAGAGUGCAGGUGGUUACGGUCGCGGCGAGGGCUGUGGAAUCAUAAUACUAAAGCGGCUCGAUAAGGCACUGGCAGACGGCGACAAUAUACGAGCCGUCAUASGAGCCACAGGCGCAAACUCGGAUGGCUACACGCAAGGCGUGACAAUGCCGUCUUUCGAGGCCCAGGCAGCCCUCAUUAAGCGCGUUUAUGAGACCAAUGGGCUAGAUUUCAGCUCCACUCAAUAUGUUGAAGCGCACGGUACCGGAACAAAGGCUGGGGAUCCAAUCGAGGCUGAGGCGAUUUAUUCCACUAUUGGGAUGAAUGGCACCAGAAAAGGAAAGUUGUGGAUAGGCCAUCUCGAACCCGCCGCCGGCGUAGCAUCCAUAAUAAAGAGCAUUCUAGCGCUAGAAAACCGACAGAUUCCGCCAAAUAUUCAUUUCCACAACCCGAACCCAGCCAUACCCUUUGACGAGUGGAAUAUUGCCGUGCCUACUCAACUUACUCCGUGGCCAACGGCUCAUACAAGACGUGUGAGCAUCAACGGCUUCGGUAUGGGCGGGACGAAUGGCCACGUAGUGCUAGAAGCCUUUAAUACAGCAGCCUUAGCGAACGGCACUGCACAGAAGCAUGACAGAAGUCUUACUGUAGCCAAACCUCAUAAUGGGCCCCGGCUAUUCACAUUCAGCAGCCACGACCAGGCUGGGUUCAAGCGCAAUGCUAACGCCCUGAUCGAGCACCUAACACGCCUUGGACCGGGAGCAUCGAGACCCGAAUUCCUAGCGAACUUGGCAUACACACUCUCUGGUGCAAGAUCAAAGCUCUCGUGGAGGACUUAUUACAUUGCAGACAGCACACCGGACCUUCUCGAAUACCUCGAAAGCCAUUCAGAUGAAGGUGCUUCCCGGGUCAAUAGCUCGAGUGCCAUCACAAAGCGUAUCGGUUUUGUGUUCACAGGCCAAGGCGCCCAGUGGGCACGAAUGGGCGUCGAGAUGCUGGACCGCCCUGUUUUCAGGGCAUCGAUUAACAAUUCUAAUCAGUUCCUCAGGUCCAUGGGCUGCACAUGGGACCCCAUCGAUGAGCUUCUCAGGAACCAGAAAGAUGGCUCCCGCCUUAGUCAACCCGAUAUCAGUCAACCCAUAUGCACUGUGCUACAAAUCGCCUUAGUUGACGAACUACGGGCAUGGGGCAUAAAGCCAAGCAGGGUAGUCGGCCAUUCGAGUGGCGAAAUUGCUGCAGCUUAUAGCAUUGGCGCCUUAAGUCACCGGGACGCUAUCGCCGCCGCCUACUUCAGAGGUAUAGCUGUGAUGAAGCAGCACACUGACGAGCUAAAACUCAAGCUCGGCAUGAUGGCUGCAGGUUGCUCGCGUGAGGAGGCUGAUGUCUUGAUUGCUGAAUCCAAGCUCAACCGUAACGGCAAAGCUACAGUUGCCUGCGUCAACUCACCAUCGAGCGUGACGCUUUCCGGACAAGUCGAAUCACUGAAGCAGCUACAGGCCGUGCUAGAGGAGCGGAAAAUCUUUGCACGACAACUUAAAGUUGAGACAGCCUAUCAUAGCACACACAUGCACAAGGCUAUGGACUUUUACCAUUCAAGCAUUGCCUAUAUUGAGCCCCUGCCGGAAUUCGAAGGCCAAGGUACGAUGAUCUCGAGUGUAACAGGAUUUGAAAUCAGUCCCGAGCAGGUCGGGCCAUAUUAUUGGGUGCGCAACCUCGUUUCUCCCGUGCUCUUCUUAGAUGCUGUCAAGGAGCUUAUUUCGCCAGAUGAGGAAGACGGUAAUACAGUCGACCUGUUGAUUGAGGUCGGUCCUCACGGUGCUCUUGGCGGACCGCUUGAGCAGAUAAUGGACCACUACGGCAUUAAGGAAGUCAGCUACGAGUCAGUGCUCAUGCGAGGCAAGGAUGCGCUCAGGACGAGCCUACAGCUCGCCUCUAAGCUAUUCGUGGCCGGCGUCCCGCUUAAGAUCGAUCAAGUUAAUGGCGAUCUAGUUGCCCAUCUGCUGAAUGAUCUGCCGCCGUACCAAUGGAAUCACUCGAAGGCCUUUCGCCACGAGACGCGCAUCCAGCGGGAGCUCAUGACACGGCAUUUCCCCAGAAAGAGCCUUCUCGGCACGCAGAAUGCCAUGAUGGAUGAGACUCAGCAUGUCUGGCGCAACUUCAUUCAGCUUAGUGAGGAACCCUGGAUCCGUGACCAUCAGAUCGGCAACACUGUCCUGCUGCCGGCAGCAGGCAUGAUCAGCAUGGCUUUUGAGGCGGCGCAGCAGCUGGCCGAGUCUGGAAAGGUACUACGCGCACUACGGUUGCGCGAGGUCUCUUUUGUUGCUAGCAUGGCUUUGCCUGAGGAGUUAGGGACGGAGGUUAUUACAACGCUGCGGCCUCAUCUUGUAGCGACAUCAGGCUCGACGUCGGCCACUUGGUGGGAGUUCACAAUAUCGUCAAGUGUGGGUGUAGAUCAGCUACGCGAUAACUGCCGCGGCCUUAUCACUCUGGACUACAAGGAGUCAACAAGCCUACAGAUGGUCCAGGAGAAUGCUGAACUCGAGGCCGCCCGAAUUUUUGAUUUCCACCGCAUACUCAAAGAGUGUCCCGACACACUAUCCAAGGAGGACUUUUACGCCCAGUGUGCUAGGGUUUCGUGGAAUUAUGGUCCCUUCUUCCAGGGCGUCGAAAAGAUCCACCUUGGUGACGGUCAGACUGUGUACGACGUCAAGCUUGUCGACCUUGGUGAGACAUACAGCCGUGGAUUAGAACGCCCAUUCCUGAUUCACGGACCUGCGCUCGACGCCAUCAUCCACGGAGCACUAGGUGGCACCUACAGGGACAGGUGCCUUCAGCAAGACAAACCGCUGCUACCUACGUACAUUGGCGAGCUUGAGAUAGCGCUAGAUAUUCCUAGCGACACCGGACACGUCCUGCCUACCUCUUGCGUAUCCAAGAAACUUGGCUUUAACGCAAUCUCUUCUAAUAUUGUCUCGUUCAACGAUGCGGUCACCAGGACUUUCUUAUACAUUGGUGAUCUUCGACUUACUGAAUUAGACAAUGAUGAUAAGCAGGGCAAUGACAACACUGAGCCCGAUCCUGCCGAUAUCACCUCUGAGGUGCGUUGGAACUAUGCACUCGAUCUCAUCAAGCCUGAAGAGCUUGUCAAUGUCAUCUCUAGAGUGCCUCGAGACGAUCAAGCUGCCGAGCUUCUUCAUCUGAUCAUACACAAUGACCCUACGGCAACCGUCAUAGAGCUCAUCUUGGAUGAUGGUGACGGGAAUCUUUCGCAUGCCACUGUUCCACGACUACCUACGGGUACCAUUUUGCAAAGCAGGGUAAGGUACGCGAUACCUCCAGGAAUUGAGGCAAAUUUGAAUGAUCUAUCCGUAUCCGGGGAAUCAUUCUCACUAGGUAAUACUAAUGGACCGUUGCCAACCGAUAUCGCAAUGGCAGAUGUACUGGUCAUUCCCCAGUCACUGAGAACCCACGAUGACUUGGAAGAAAUCAUGGCUCSCCYAGCUGGACUUUGCAAACCGGGKGCACAUGUUAUCUCAACGCACGACAGUGUAGCCUCACUUGCACUAGAAUCAAAGGGAUUCUAUCGCGUUUUUGGUGUUGAAAGGGCCGUACUGUACAAGCAGCGACCCGAGCAUGUCAACGGUGUGAAUGGCACGUCGCUAAGGAAACGUGACUUUGUCAUCAUUGAGCCGUUUUGUCCUUCCAUAUUGGUCAGAUCUUUCUCUAACGCUCUGAAAAACGCUUUCGAAGAGGAAGGUCACAAGUCAGUAGCCACUGCGUGGACGGAGCUAACCAUCCAAUGCGCCGACGAAGCCAAGGGAAAGACUUACAUCUCUCUCGUGGAAUUAGAGACACCACUACUCAACGAGCUCUCUGAGCCCGACUUUGAAAAGAUCAAAAAGCUACUACACGACUGUGAACACCUGCUUUGGGUCAAUGGUAGCCACAAUCCGUCCAUGGCUGUUGUGGACGGCUUCUCACGAACGGCAAGGAACGAGUACGCAAGCCUCAAGUUUCAAGUUCUACAUCUCAGCAGCCUGGAAACGUUACUGCAACAUGGACCGUCUCUUGUAUCAAAACUAUCGACCUCGAGUACCACAGAUGAUGAGUUCCGUGAGCUCGGAGGUCUGCUACAGACAAGUCGCUUCUUCAAAAGCGUCACUGGCAACGAGGCGAUGCGCUACUGCCUUGAAGAUUCAAUUCAAGUACGGCCCUUGAAAAAUGAAGUAACACCAGAGGCACUCCGACUCACGAUUGGAAAACCUGGCUUGCUCGAUUCACUGUCUUUCAUCCAUGACGAUCGUUUUGAUGCUGAGCUUGGAGAGAUGGAAAUUGAAGUAGAUGUCAAGGCAACAGGCAUAAAUUUCAAAGAUGUCAUGGCGUCCAUGGGCCUAGUCGAGGUGUCACUCAUUGGUCAUGAAGCUAGCGGCAUUGUCGUCGCCACAGGCAGCAAGGCCGUCGAACGUUUUCAAAUUGGGGACCGGGUCGUUGUAUCCGGAGAGGGAAUGCACGCAACAAGACUCCGGAGCGAUCAUCGCCUAGCUGUGAAAAUACCUGACUCUGUAUCCUUUGAGGAGGCAGCUGUGAUGCCAACGGUACAUGCAACCGCGUACCACGCUCUCGUCAACGUUGCCAAACUCCGCCCGAACCAGACAAUCCUGAUCCAUGCAGCAGCUGGCGGAGUAGGUCAAGCGGCGUUGCAACUGGCCAAGUACCUCGGCCUCGUAGCCUAUGUGACGGUUGGGAGCGAGGACAAGCGCGCACUAGUCAUGGAAAAGUAUGGUGUACCAUCAGAGUCCAUCUUCAACUCUCGCGACGCCAGUUUCGUCAAGGCUGUCAAGCGCGUGACGAACGGUCGGGGCGUUGAUUGCGUGCUGAACUCGUUGUCAGGGGAACUACUACGCAUGUCGUGGGAGUGCGUCGCCCCGUUCGGCACCUUCGUGGAGAUUGGCCUCCGUGAUAUCACCCAGAAUAUGCGCCUUGACAUGCGUCCUUUCAUGAAAUGCACCACCUUUGCCUUUAUUAAUUUGACCAAACUCUUCGAAGACAAGGACAUUGCCGGUCAAAUUCUUCAAGAAACUUUUGCUCUGGUCCAGAAGGGUGUUCUCUACGCGCCUAGUCCAUUGACAGCGUACCCUGUCAGUCAGAUCGAGACGGCUUUCCGUACCAUGCAGCGCGGCAAGCAUCGUGGCAAGCUAGUUCUAUCGUAUCCCGAAGGCGCCUCCACCAAGGUGUAUCGACGCGCCAGGGAUGCCCUCAAGCUCGACCCCGACGCUACCUAUUUGAUUGUUGGCGGGUUAGGCGGACUGGGGAGAAGUCUUGCGCGCGAGUUUGUAGCUUGUGGUGCUCAUAAUAUUGCGUUCCUAUCUCGAUCAGGCGCUACAAGUACUCAGGCUCGUUUUGUUAUCGAAGAACUUUCAGGAUGCGGUGCUCAAGUCAAGGCCUAUCGUGCUGACGUUUCUGAUGAGACGUCAUUCCUCGCGGCCAUGAAGCAAUGCUCGAACGAGCUGCCACCUAUCCGAGGAGUCGUCCAAAUGGCCAUGGUGCUGCGGGACGGAGUCAUAGAAAACAUGUCCUACGCCGACUGGAAGGCGCCUCUGCAGCCCAAGGUGCAAGGCACAUGGAACCUGCACAAAUUCUUCGAUCAGUCGCGACCCCUCGACUUCUUCAUUGCCUGUUCGUCUGUGUCUGGCGUGUGUGGUAACGCCGGUCAGGCGCAGUAUGCUGCUGGAAACACAUUUCAGGAUGCAUUGGCGUACCACCGGCGCAUGCAAGGGCUCAAAGCUACAUCCAUUAACCUGGGCAUUAUGCGCGACGUCGGCUCCCUCGCUGAAGCUACUGCUACUGGCAUAGACAAUAACCUAUCCCAGUGGGAGGAAAUUAUUGGUAUUCGCGAGUCAGCCUUUCACGCCCUCAUGAAGAGCCUCAUUAUUCGCCAACGCGACGACACCUACCCGGCUCAGGUGUGCUCUGGCCUUGGCUCGGCCGACCUCAUUAAUGCUCACAGCAAGCCUUUGCCGUCCUACUUUGCCGAUCCGCGCAUGGGGCCUUUGGCUGUGACGAGCGUUGCCGCCCACACGUCUACCGGCGAGCAUGACACGGCAGCUUCGCUCGCUUCUCGCCUCGCGGAAGUCCACACCCCGGAGGAAGCUGGUGUCAUUGUCCUAGAGGCUCUAACACAAAGAGUUGCAGACAUGCUACAAAUUCCUGUGUCUGAGGUCGAUUCUAGCCGGCCUUUACACCGUUAUGGCGUGGACUCGCUUGUGGCGCUCGAGGUGAGGAACUGGAUCACAAGAGAACUCAGGACAAAUAUGGCGCUAUUAGAGAUCCUAGCCAGCGUGCCAAUGGCGACGCUAGCCGUUAAGAUUGCCCAGAAGAGCAACUUAUGUGCAGGUUCAGAUUGA